AAAAUCAAGAAAAGGAUAAACAACGCAGCGAGAUCUCGCAGAGCCUCGUAAGUCGAUUUCGAGUCGACUUGCACUCAAUUGUGUGUGGAUUCGGUAUGAACGAAGCUUAAAUUUGACAGAUACGUACUUGACGUCAAAAAUGUACGGCAGGUACGUUUACCUGUCAGUUUGUUUCUGGAUUUGCAUUUUUUCAUCAGUGCCUUCUUAUCAAUUUUGUGGAGCUGAUGAGCAGGAUUUAAUGCUUCAUAGGAUAUUCAGAAUGCUUAAUCAAAACUGUCGCAAAGGAGUGUAUCCUCGCAGCAACAUAUACAGGUUCGAAGUUCUAGAGGACAACGUUCCAUGGAAGACAGAAUUUCCUGAAUAUAACCCACCAGACUACACAGCACUCAAGGUAUAUGGAGCACCUUGGGCAGACCCAAACAUCAAUGACCCUGAAUUCAGACCAAAAUGGAAUGAGAUUGACGGAGACAUAAGCCGCAAGAGUUACACUGGAAAUUAUGUUGUGAAAGAAGGCCGACCGCUGAAUCCUGUUGGUCGCACAGGGAUAAUUGGGAGAGGUUUAUUAGGACGUUGGGGACCAAAUCAUGCUGGAGAUCCUAUCGUCACACGUUGGAAACGAAACGGAACUGGGGCAGUUGAGAUAAGCCGAACAACUGAAAAGCCCAUACUGCAGUUUGUCGCUAUACAAAGAGGAGAUACAGGGGAGUGGGCGCUUCCUGGAGGCAUGGUAGAUCCCGGUGAGGCUGUUGCUUCUACUGUGCAAAGAGAAUUUAUGGAAGAGGCUUUAAACUCGCUUGAAAAAGAUGAUUUGGAGAUUGACAGUGUGAAGGAAACAUUAAAAAAAUUUUUUGAGAAUGGAGAUAACGUUUAUCAGGGGUAUGUUGACGAUCCUAGGAACACGGAUAACUCAUGGAUGGAAACUGUAGCCUUGAAUUUUCACGACGAAGAUGGUAGCAUUGUUGGAAAAAUAAAUUUGCAAGCGGGAGAUGAUGCCGCUAACGUUCGCUGGAUGGAUAUGAACAAGAAACUUGCACUCUACUCUAGUCAUGGGCUAUUCGUCAAACUGAGCGCACAAAAGCAUAAUGCACAUUGGUAAUUAAAGUUCUCAGCAAAAAUGUUGAAAGGAUGUAUCGUAGUUUGGUGCUAAGAAGAUAGAAUUUGUAAAAGUACAGAAAUAGAUUUUUCUACUAAUCUCAAUAAAGUAGAAGAGAAAAAGAA